AACCGCUACGGCGAGAAGAAUAUCUUGAUCGAUCUUGGGCUUGUGGGCCUGUUUGGCGGCUUCACAGCAUUGUCUACAAAAGGUGUGGCGUCGCUGCUGAGUUAUACGCUCUGGCGUGUCAUCACCUUUCCCGUCUUCUACCUCCUAGUGGCUAUUUUGAUAGGAACCGCGGUCAUGCAGAUCAAGUACAUCAACCGCGCGCUGCAGCGGUUCGAUGCCACGCAGGUCAUCCCGGUGCAGUUCGUCAUGUUCACUCUGUCGGUUAUUCUUGGAUCUGCCAUCUUGUACCGCGACUUUGAGCGCACGUCAGGUGACGACGCAGGGAAGUUCAUUGGCGGUUGCGCCCUCACGUUCUCAGGCGUCUGGCUCAUUACUAGUGGUCGACCGCGCAGACAUGAUGACGAUGAUGACGAGGAUGAUGAAGACCGCGAGCCAGAAUCAGACGAAGCUAUCAACCUCCACAACGAGCGAUACCGCGAUUCAAUCGACAGCUACCGCGACUCGAUUGGCAGCAGUCACUCGUCCUCGUCGACAAUUCGGCCCGCCUCGCCCCCUCUCGACAUCCUCGAAAUCAACCCCCUCUACCAGGACGAAGACCGCCCCUCAACCCCCACAAUAAAAGUGACCACCCCCGACCCCUCCACCCCACCGCGCCAAACAUACACCUCCGACGCCCUCGACGCCCUGAUCCAAAACCCCUGGUCUCAACCUCCAACUCGCAACACGCCCAGCCCCAAACCCUCCAUCAGCAGACACACCUCCACCCCCGUCUUGCCUAGCGAAGCCGCACCCCCACCAACCUCGCACUCCAACCUCGC